AUGUCGUGGAGCCAUGGCGGAUUUCGUCAUGCACUCUUGCUUGGUCCUGCUGGGAGUGGGAAGACGUCUGUUGCAGCACUACUUGCCCAGGAUCUUGCAAACGACUGCUGCUGCCUUUCUGUACGAGUCGAUUGUAGUUCUUGGAAAGGAAAGUCAACAGAAAUAAUUGAGCGAUGUCUUCUUACUGAAAUUAAAUUGCUUUCCAAGAGGGUACCAAGUCUUCUAGUACUCGACGACUUUGACUUUCUGAGCCAUUCCAGCGAAGAGGAACUAAGACCGUUGAGCACUGUUCGAGUUAUUCAGCGUAAGUGA